AUGGAAGUUGGAUCUUCCUUUGACAAAGCCAAUCUUUCUUCUGAAACUGUAUCAGUGUUAAAUCAUGAAGAAUAUGUCUUGGUUAACAAACAGACUGAGGAUCCAUCUGAAAAAGAUGAGAAAUUCCAGUUGAAGAUGUUUCCAAAUGAAGAUGAACAAAUGGAGAAAGCAACGGAAGAGAUACUGAAAGAUUCUGAUAAGGGUCAGAAAUGGGAUGUUCUUGAUUGUGAACAUUUGAGUGGUGAUUGCAGGCAGUCACUUGAAUAUGUUUCUGAUAGUCAGCCUUCUAUGCAUCUUCUACUUGAUCCUUGUACCACAGAAGUUUUACCACCAGGACCCUAUUCCCCUACUGUACCCUCAGAAGAAGACAGCGUGUUAUUUAACAAAUUGAUGUAUCUUGGAUAUAUGAAAGUGACUGCUCCUCGCAGUGAAUCGGAGGCAUUGCACGCCAUGGCGGCUCUGAAAAACUCAAGUCAUUCACCUUCCCCUGUAACUUUAUAUGUUCCAAAUAUCCCUGAUGGCUCUGUUAGAAUAAUAGAUCAGUCCAGUAGUACAGAAAUUGCUUCUUUCCCGAUCUACAAAGUAUUGUUCUGUGUCCGUGGGCAAAAUGGGACUUCGGAAUGUGACUGCUUUGCAUUUACUGAAAGCUCCUCUGGCACUGAAGAGUUCCAGAUUCAUGUCUUCUCCUGUGAAAUUAAGGAGGCAGUCAGCAGAAUUUUGUAUAGCUUCUCAACAGCAUUCAAACGUUCUUGCAAACAUGAAUCGGAUCAUGUAAAGGAUACUAUUUUCCCAACUCCAGACAGUGAUGUGUUCACUUUCAAUGUUUCUUUGGAAGUCAGAGAAGAUGACGGUAAAGGAAACUUCAGCCCAGUGCCAAAGGACAGAGAGAAAUUGUUCUUCAAACUAAAGCAGGGAGUUGAGAAGAAAGUUGUGAUCACAGUGCAGCAGAUGUCUAACAAAGAAUUAGCCAUUGAAAGAUGCUUUGGGAUGCUGCUAAGUCCAGGACGAAAUGUUAAAAACAGUGACAUGCACUUGCUUGAUAUGGAAUGCAUGGGGAAAAGCAAUGAUGGAAAAGCGUAUGUUAUAACUGGAAUGUGGAAUCCUAAUGCACCUACCUUUCUAGUCCUGAAUGAAGAAACGCCUAAGGAUAAACGUGUGUACAUGACUGUGGCAGUGGAUAUGGUGGUCACAGAGGUGAUAGAGCCCGUUCGUUUUCUUCUGGAGACCCUUGUACGUGUAUAUCCAGCUAACGAACGCUUCUGGUAUUUCAGCAGAAAAACGUACACAGAAACCUUCUACAUGAGAUUGAAACAGUGUGAAGGGAAAAGCCAUGCUAAUGCUGGAGAUGCAAUUUAUGAAGUUAUGAGCCUGCACCGGGAGUCUGAACGAGGAGAAGAAGAAUUAGUUAGCUUAUCAAGUGGUGGUGAUCAGAUAUCUCCACAAGAGGAUGAUGUUGAAGAAGAGAGUGAUAAUGAACUUUCAAGUGGCACUGGUGAUGUAUCGAAGGAUUGCCCUGAGAAGAUCUUGUAUUCCUGGGGGGAGUUACUGGGAAGAUGGCACAGUAAUCUUGGUGUGCGACCAAAAGGGCUGUCUCAAUUAGUGAAGAGUGGUGUUCCAGAGGCACUAAGAGCUGAGGUAUGGCAGCUACUGGCUGGAUGUCAUGAUAACCAGACAAUGCUGGACAAAUACAGAAUUCUCAUCACAAAGGAAUCACCCCAGGAGAGCGUCAUUACUCGAGACAUUCAUCGUACAUUCCCAGCACAUGACUAUUUUAAAGAUACAGGAGGAGAUGGGCAGGAAUCUCUUUACAAGAUCUGUAAGGCAUAUUCAGUAUAUGAUGAAGAAAAUGGUUACUGUCAGGGUCAUUCCUUUCUUGUUGCUGUUCUUCUGCUUCAUAUGCCUGAAGAACAAGCGUUUUGUGUAUUGGUGAAGAUCAUGUAUGACUAUGGCCUGCGGGAUCUAUACAAAAACAACUUAGAAGAUCUUCGAUGCAAAUUUUACCAGCUGGAGAAGCUUAUGCAGGAGCAGCUGCCUGAUCUGUAUAGCCAUUUCUUGGAGCUGAACUUGGAAGCUCAUAUGUAUGCAUCGCAGUGGUUUCUCACCCUUUUCACCGCCAAGUUCCCCCUCUGCAUGGUCUUCCACAUAAUUGAUUUACUCCUCUGUGAGGGUUUGAAUGUAAUUUUUAAUGUAGCACUGGCUCUCUUAAAGACUUCCAAGGAGGAUCUUCUGCAAGCUGAUUUUGAAGGGGCCUUGAAGUUCUUUAGAGUACAGCUGCCCAAAAGGUACCGAGCUGAAGAGAAUGCUAGACGGCUUAUGGAACAGGCAUGCAAUGUAAAGGUCCCCACGAAGAAACUGAAGAAAUAUGAGAGAGAAUAUCAAAUGAUGCGAGAGAACCAGCUGCAGCAGGAAGACCCUCUGGACAGAUACAAGUUUAUAUGUUUAUAGGUAACUGUUCUACAGUUGAGCUUUUCUGGGAAACUUCAUGGGAUGCAGAGAAAAACAGAGUGAUUCUCUACCACUGACACACAAAAGG